AUGGAAGCGAUCGAAGAAUUGGCCAAACUUUCCGAUUCGAUGCGACAAGCAACUGCUUUGCUUGCCGAUGAAGACAUGGACGAGCAUUCUUCGAGGCGACCUUCCACGUUCCUUAACAUUGUUGCUCUCGGCAAUACGGGUGAAGAAAUCACAGAUUGCUGUGAAUGGGAAGAUGUUGAAUGCAAUGCCACCACACAUCGCAUCAUCAAACUUUCACUUAAUUCUGAAAGGAAUUAUGAGUUAGGAGCUUGGUAUUUAAACACCUCAGUGUUUCUUCCCUUCGAAUCACUCAUAAGCCUGGAUUUAAAUCACAAUGUUUUACACGGCUGUAUUGAGAAUGAAGGUUUUGAAAAACUAUCAAGGUUGAGCAAUCUACAGAUCCUUGAUUUGAGUUUCAAUCACUUCAAUAACAGCAUCCUGUCUUCUCUAAAUGGACUUUCAUCUCUCAAGGCCCUAAAACUAAGAGGAAACUACUUGAUUGGGCAAGUUUACAUUCAACAUUUUGAUGGUCUGAAAAACUUGAAGGAGCUGGACAUAAGUUUUAAUGGUUUUGAUAGUAUUGUGGCCAAAGAAGGACUUCCAUCACUGAAGACACUGUCUAUGAUACGAGUGAGGAAUAUAACAAUUCAUAGCAAAGAGUUGCAAAAGCUUAGGAAUAUGGAAAACUUGUACUUGGAUUAUGCUACUCUCAGUAAUGACUUCCUACCAAGCAUUCAAGUGAUGACUUCUCUUAAAGUGCUGUCACUACGAGGUUGUGGACUGACCGGCACCUUACCUUUUCCAGGGCUCUGUGAACUGAAGAAUCUUCAGGAGCUUGACCUGCAAGAUAAUAAAAUAGAGGGUGACUUACCUCGAUGCAUGGAAAACUUGACAUCACUUCGGUUGUUGGAUCUCUCUUUCAAUCAUUUUACUGGGAAUAUUGCAUCAUCUCCACUUAUUCAUCUUACCUCUCUUGAAUACCUUGCCCUUUCACACAAUUACUUCAAAAUCCCAAUCUCCUUUCGAUCAUUUUUCAACCACUCAAAACUGAAGGUCAUUGACAGCCUGAACAAUGAAUUAGUGGUCGACACAGAGUUUGAUCAGACCUUGGCAGUCCCAAGUUUUCAACUAGUUGGCAUCCGUUUAUCUGAUCGUGAAUUUGGCAAUGUCCAAAAUACUACUGGAGCCUUUCCCAACUUCCUCUACUACCAAAACGACCUCCAAAAAGUUGAGCUCUCUCGGAUAAACUUCAAGGGGAAGUUUCCAAAUUGGUUGUUUGAUAACAAUACAAGGUUGGUUACACUUCUUUUACCAGAUAAUUCUUUCACUGGACAUUUUCAGUUGCCACUCCUUCCAAAGACACAGCUUCUAGCACUGGACAUCUCCAACAAUUACUUCCAUGGCCAUAUUUCAAAGGACAUUGUUAAGGCUUUUCCAAGUUUAGAAUUCUUAAAUAUGUCUCAAAAUGGCUUUGGAGGUCCUAUUCCUUCUUCAUUAGGUGAUUUGUCCGCUCUGGAGUAUCUGGACUUUUCCUAUAAUCAACUUUCCGAUGUAAUACCAGGCCAGUUGGCCAUGGGUUGCUUCUCCUUGAUAUACUUGAAACUUUCACAUAACAAUUUGCAAGGCCCAAUAUUACCAAGAAAAAGUAACUUGACUAUGUUGGAGUUUUUAUACCUGGACCACAAUAACUUUACAGAGAUCUCAAAUAGCUUGUCCAACAGUUCUAAUUUGUGGGUGUUCAACAUAAGCCAUAAUCAUUUGUCAGGCAAGCUACCUGGGUGGAUGGGAAGUAUGUCACUACUGUUGGGGAUUGUUAUGUUCAAUAAUCAUCUCCAAGGUCCUAUUCCAACUGAAUUUUGUCAGAUUGGUGAUCUUUGGAUUCUUGACCUCUCUGAGAACAAUAUUACUGGGACUGUACCUUCGUGCUUCAACCAAUCAGAUAUGAUGCAUGUUCUUCUAUCUAAAAAUAGGCUGCAAGGACCAUUGCCAUGUGCAUUUGACAACAUGAGCUCAUUAGUGACCUUAGAUCUUUCCUAUAACAACUUAACUGGUCACAUUCCGAACUGGAUUGGAACCCUUUCUAGUUUGAGCCGUCUUCUCUUAAAAAAUAAUCGCUUUGAGGGCAAGAUCCCUAUCAAUUUAUGCCGCUUGUCGAAUUUGAGUUUGAUUGAUCUUUCUGAUAAUAACUUUUCUGGUCGUAUUCCUCCUUGUUUGAGUGACAUCAGUUUUCAUGGAUCACCUCGGAAUGCUAUACCGUGGUAUACUGCCACAGUACUUCCAUAUUUACAGUUCACAACAUUACCCUUGGGCGAUCUGAAAAUGACAUCAAAAAUCAACCCAUUUGAAGAUUUAAGUAAAUAUGAUGGUCCAAAUACACACAUAACGUUCACAAUAAAAGGAACGAUCCGUUUUUACAAGGGAAUCAAUCUUCAACUCUUUUCAGCAAUUGAUCUCUCCUGCAACAAAUUGACUGGCCACAUACCACAUAAAUUUGGGAGCCUAGGCGGAAUCCAAUCGCUUAACUUGUCUCACAAUGGCCUAUGCGGAACCAUCCCAACAACGUUUUCAGACCUGGAUAGCAUAGAGAGCUUAGACCUCUCCUUCAACAACUUGAGUGGGAAAAUCCCUCCACAGCUUACUGAGCUAAACUUUCUAGCCUCGUUCAAUGUGUCAUACAAUAACCUAUCGGGCAACAUACCACGGAGUCCAAAUUCUCCCCAGUUCGAUACAUUUGAUAACAGUAGCUACAUCGGAAAUCCACUUCUUUGUGGACCACCAGUUUCAAGAACUUGCACCGCCAUUGAACCACCGAGAGUCAUCAUGAAUAGCAGUGAAGUGAAUUAUGGCUUCAUGGACAUGGAAUCUUUCUAUGUGUGCUUCACAGUGUCCUACAUCACUAUGUUCUUAGGGAUUGUUGUUGUUUUUUACAUCAAUCCCUACUGGAGGCGGGCAUGGAUUCAUCUAAUUGAGGUGUGUGUCACUUCUUGCUUCUACUUUGUUCGGGACAAUUUUGGAAAGGUAUUUUGUCAGGGAAAUAAUUAGAUAUAUGUGUCUUAUGGUGGUUAUAUGUAAACCCUUUCUGUUUUUUUUUUCCUUCCUUUUCAGUGCUGCUUUCAAGCUCAAAAUAAAUAACAUCUUGUAGUUAUUACCAAACCUAUUUGGUUGAUUGAAUAAUAAUUUAGUAAUUCAAAAUUUCUAUGUUCUUCCAUAGACUAUAUUGUUAGUACUUUAAUUUUACGUACACUGCAUUUGAUUCUAUUGGUUAAGUUUUGUAUCAACCGGUUAAUAAUGAUUUUGCUCCAAUAACACGGAAUAUGUAACAAUGAAAAAUGCCAAUAUUUAAAAAUGUGUAGUGCAAAAAAACUCCUCCAUUAUCGAUAUAGUGCAAAAUAGUUCUGUCUAGUGUAUAACACCCUUAUACAAUUGAUUUGGUGCAAAUAGUCCCUGAAGACUUAAAAUAACAAUAAUACCCUCAUAUAGUAGAAUAAAUUAAUAAGUAUAAAUACAAGCCAUGUAAAAUGACCAUUCUGUCCAAUUUGGGUACAAUUUUGUUUGUUUGGGACAAAAAAAAAAUAAACCCCGUUUUGUCCAAGAAUGGGAUAAGCUAAACCAAACAACCCCAAAAUCGGAUAUAAUAAAUCACAAACCAAACACUCGCAAUCCAUAGAAUACACCCUUAACUUUUCUUUCCUUCUUAGAAAAAAAAAAAAAAAUUUAAAAAAAUUUCCAAAAAAAUUAAUUUUCCUUCCUUCCGAAUUUUUUCUUAUUAGUUCUUGAUAAUUCCUGCACUUAAAGGGACAGAUGAUUGUUCUGCCCAUAGAAAAUUCAUACCCUUGUUCUCUUAUAUCACCAAUAUCAAGUUCAAGAUCUUUCAAAUUAAGCAUCUACGAGUUCAUCAAAAAACCCUUACCCUAAUGUAUCAUCCACCUUUAAAAAUCCUAAAAAUAACCCUUCUACAUUUAUUGGACUUGCUAAAUCAUUUGCACAUCUUAAUAUAAGUGACAUUUUCUCUUCAUGACUUGCAUCCGGAGUACAAUCAAGAAUAACUGAAAAUUAUUUUGCUUCUAAAACCCUUUUAAUGAUUUACACAUUUGAUUUCAUCUGAUAUCCGAAGAAUAAAUUCAUUUUGAAUUUUGUGACUAGGCCCACUAGGGCAAUGAUAAUGAAUUUCUUUAUCUUGAAUUCGACGAAUGUGCUAUUUCAUUAUGUUUAAAAAGUUUCCAUUAUUUUCUUCAUAAAGCUUCUCAUUGUCUCCACAGAAUGCUAAACAAUUUUUAGUUAGUAAGAGUUUUCACAACAUUUAUUAUUCUUAGUAAUACUUGCCUCCAAUAUUAUCUGUCUUUGUUGAUUUGUUCUUCCACACUUUUAUCGAUUGUUGCAUUUUUUCAUAAUUUGAUUUCCAAUUUAAUCCAAAUGCUUAGAUAGAAAUACAAUUUAUUAUGACGUCACUAGGGGCGAUCUCAAGGUGAUCGUGAUUUCAUUAGUCUGAGAUGAAAUCCUUUUUAGAAAUUGCAAAGAUUCUAAGAAUUUCACUUUGUGGGGAUGUGAAGUCGGCAGUUCCUCAUCG